UUGAACUUGCCAGCCUCGAAUAUUCAAAAUUUCCACACGCGCACGUUAUCAGUCAGCGACGUGUAGGCGCAGCGCCCAUCAAGUGCAGUUACUGAUAAUAUACAAUUUUUGACGGGUUUUUAAAGUGAUUCCAGCGGUGUGCAGGAUUAAAUUUCCCCUAACAGUAACUGUAUGAGUCGUAAUAAUUCUGCACCUGCAUAAAAAAUGGAGGAAAUAUCCUUUGUCAAAGUGGCUGCACUGGGAGCGACUGUUUUAGCGCUGAUUGUGGGCGCUGGCUGUGGUUGCUGUGCUGCUGGACUGUUUGUUUUUGUGCCGAUAUUCGCUGCCCAGUUAUUCAUUAUUGCCGAUUUCUUCCGGCAGCGCGAUUCCUCCUUUCCAUUUCUCACCACCAUCCGGCAGUACAUUAAGUGGCGCCGGCAAUUUAUCCGCGGUUAUUUUCUCCACCGCAAAAUGCAAACGGAAACCCGGGACAUUCGCCAACAACAAGAGACCGAACUGAUGAAAAUCCUCAAGUACAACGCCGACACCGAAUACGCCCGGAAAUGGUUUAAAAAGGACAGCCAAAUUGGCAACCGGGACGAUUUCGUCCGCUUGCACCCCCUGGUGAAAUACUCACAUUUUGAGAGCUACUACGAACGUAUGAUCAAUGGCGCCCAGGAAAAUGUCAUGACGGCCGAAUCGCCGGUGUACUAUGCGGAAACCACCGGGACGACCGGGAAGCCCAGUCGCAUCCCGCAGGUGCCUUUUCAGGGACAGGCUAACCGGGAUUACUGGGAUAUCAUGGCGUAUGCCAGUGAAUUUGUUCCGGGUUUCGGUAGCAUUAAGAAGCGAAUGAAGUUGUACUACAAUGUUCGACGCUUAUUGGAGCGUUCAGCCAACGGUACACAGAUUGGUCCGGCCAGUGCAUCGCCGGUGACGAUGGCCUUCGGGGACAUGCUGACCACACCGCUGAUUGGCUAUGACAAUCCUAAUGAAGAUGCCACCCGCUACGUGCACCUGGUUUUCGGGCUGCGUGAGCGCAAUCUCCAGAAGAUCGAAGCACUCUUCAUCUCGCUGGCUUAUUAUGCUUUCGUGGAAAUGGAGAAGGAAUGGAAAGAAUCUGGUCAGUGAUGUCCGUCAUGGAACGCUGAAAGCCGAUCUGGUUUGGAACCACGAAUUCGCGCCCAGCUGGAGAAGGAACUGACACCGGAUCCAAAACGAGCCGACGAACUGGAAAAGGAAUUU